GGAGAGCGGAGACAGCGAGGCUGCUCUCUGGCUUCCUUCCAACCCAAGCCCGAACCCACCACCUCCGCCCAUUCCGCCCGCCUCCCCGUCGCCUCCCCCGCAAAACCCAAUCCCGAGCCAGGCCCGGCCACCAAACCCUAAUCCCCCGCGCCACGCCUCGCGCGCGCGCGCGCGGCCUCCCAUGGGCUGACCGCGCCGCGGUGGGGAGCCCCCGGAUCCGGAGCUAGGGUUCCGCCAUGGAGUGGGACAGCGAGUCCGACGGCGCCGGCAGCGUCGGCGCCGGCGAGGGGGAGGAGGAAGAGGAGGAGGACGAGGUGGGCGUGGCGGGCGCUGGUGACGGCGGCGAGGCCGGCGGGAUGUUCACGUUCGCUAUCGAGGGCAUGCUGCGCGCGUCCGGGCCGUGCGGGCUGGUCGUCACCGACGCGCUCGAGCCCGACUGCCCCAUCAUCUACGUCAACCGCGGCUUCGAGGAGGCCACGGGCUACAGCGCCGAGGAGGUGCUCGGCAGGAACUGUCGGUUCCUGCAAUGUAGAGGGCCAUUUGCUCAAAGGAGGCACCCCCUAGUUGAUGCUGCAGUGGUUUCAAAUAUUCGAAGAUGCAUAGACAAUGGUACUGAGUUCCGUGGUGAUUUACUAAAUUUCAGAAAGGAUGGCUCUCCAUUAAUGAACAGGUUGCAUCUGACCCCUAUAUAUGGAGAUGACGAAACCAUAACCCACUAUAUGGGCAUUCAGUUCUUCACUAAUGCUAAUGUUGAUUUGGGACCAUUGCCUGGCUCAAUAACAAAGGAAUCCGUGAGAUCUACAAGGUUUGCUCCAGAUAAUUCAUUUCGACCCAUAUCCACGGGGCCUGGGGAGAGCAAUUUCUGCCGGGAAUAUUCUAGCAUCUUCCAAUUGACGGAUGAAGUGAUUUGUCAAAGUAUACUGUCAAGGUUGUCACCAAGAGAUAUUGCAUCUGUCAGCUCUGUGUGCAGGCGCUUGUACCACUUAACAAGAAAUGAAGAUCUUUGGAGAAUGGUUUGCCAGAAUGCUUGGGGCAGUGAGACUACUCAAGCUCUUGAGACAGUGCUUGCUGCAAGAAGAUUGGGCUGGGGUCGUCUGGCGAGAGAACUGACCACUCUGGAAGCUGUUGCCUGGAGGAAAUUGACAGUUGGGGGUGCCGUGGAGCCAUCUCGAUGCAAUUUCAGUGCCUGUGCUGUAGGGAACCGUGUUGUUCUUUUUGGUGGGGAAGGUGUAAACAUGCAACCAAUGAAUGAUACAUUUGUAUUGGAUUUAAAUGCUAGCAAUCCAGAGUGGAGGCAUAUCAAUGUAAGCGCUGCUCCUCCAGGUCGCUGGGGCCAUACUCUGUCAUGCCUAAAUGGAUCUUGGUUGGUUGUUUUUGGUGGAUGUGGAAGGCAGGGUCUGCUUAACGAUGUAUUCAUACUGGAUUUGGAUGCAAAACAACCAACCUGGCGUGAGAUACCUGGAGUUGCACCCCCAGUUCCACGUUCAUGGCACAGCUCCUGCACUUUGGAUGGGACAAAGCUGGUGGUUUCUGGUGGCUGUGCUGAUUCAGGUGUACUGCUCAGUGACACAUAUCUUCUCGAUGUGACCAUGGACAGGCCAGUUUGGAGAGAGGUACCUGCAUCUUGGAAACCGCCUUCUAGACUGGGCCAUUCAAUGUCUGUCUAUGGUGGCAGGAAAAUCCUGAUGUUUGGUGGUCUUGCUAAGAGUGGCCCUCUGCGACUCCGGUCUAGUGAUGUUUACACAAUGGACUUAAGUGAAGAAGAGCCUUGCUGGCGAUGCCUUACUGGUAGUGGAAUGCCUGGGGCUGGAAAUCCAGCCGGGGCAGGUCCACCUCCUCGCCUUGAUCAUGUUGCGGUGAGCCUGCCCGGUGGAAGGAUUUUGAUAUUUGGUGGCUCAGUGGCAGGUCUUCACUCAGCGUCACAGCUGUAUCUGUUGGAUCCAACUGAAGAAAAGCCUACCUGGAGAAUACUGAAUGUUCCCGGGCGUCCUCCUCGCUUCGCCUGGGGCCACAGCACUUGUGUCGUUGGAGGAACAAAAGCGAUAGUGCUUGGUGGACAAACUGGAGAAGAGUGGAUGCUUACAGAAAUACAUGAGCUUUCUCUGGCAAGCAACUCAGUUUGAGUUCCAAAGGGGUUCUAGUCAUUUUCCUUGCAAAUUAAUGCGAGUUCUUAUGCAACCUGAAGCUUCAUUGUCUUCACAGACAGAACUGGAAGAAUGAAUGAGCAUACCGAAUCUUUUGGCAGCUGUUUGGCUUGGCUUGGAAGAUAACAAGCUUACUCGGGAUUGCUCGCUUUAUGUAGACAAAGGGUUGUGAUAUGUUCAUUUUUAUUGCUGUUUGUUUGGCCUUUUUACCAGAUAAUUACAAUUCAUAAGCUACUAUUGUGAGACGAGUAUCAAAUUUUAUAUGUAUUCUCAGAUGUUUCUGACUUGCAGUAUGGUAGGGCACAAAGGACUCCACUGUAUAGUUUAAUCUUUUGAUGUACGUUACUUGUUGGACAACUUGAUAGUUGAUACUGCUGUCUGUCUUUGGGGCACAGAUAGAUGGAUGUAAUGGUGAUGACUGAUAAACCUUCUUUUUGUAAAACUUGUAAGAUGUUGUAGCUAGUUUCAGUCAGGUGAGCUUACCUUACCUCGAUGUAUUUGCAUUUUUCUAUUGUCUGACAUGUUUUUAUCAUUAUGGAUCCAUCAUGUACUAUUGAUCA